AUGGCCGUUGACGAUCCCCUGACGACGGCAACUGCUGAAGCAGACGACUUCCCCGUCGAUGUCCCGGUAGCCGAUCUCCACACCAUCAACUUGGGCAAGCUCCAAGCCGGCGACGCGGCGGAGGCACAACAGCUUUUCGAGGCGAGUUGCACGACGGGCGCGUUCUACCUCGAUAUGCGGUCGAGAGAGUGGGAUAUUCUCCCGAUCUUGGAGGACAUUCGCUCCGUCUCCGAGGAGCUAUUCGCCCUACCGCAGGAAGAGAAAUGUGUGUAUGAUGUGGACAAGCUGCCAAGUAAAAAGUGUAAUGGAUACAAACCUGUAGGGCGGAACUACGGUGGGCUCGCGGGGCAACGCGACGGAUUUGAGACUUACGUGAUUCCUAAAAACGGCAUCCUCGGUCUCAAUGGCCAAGCCGACUUUCCCCGUCCCCCGGUAAUCACCGCGGCACUCCCAACCCUACAUGCCCUCACGACCACCAUCAACAGCACAACACAGACCAUCACUCACCAUCUGUCGCAAAUCCUGGCUCUGCUUCCAGCCGACAACCUCAAACACAAGCACGAGAUAAGCACGCCCUCCCAGGAUAUCAUCCGGCUGCUCAAAUACCAGCCGCAGCCGGCGUCCAAAGAAGUUCUCGUUCCGCACGCAGCGCACACGGACAUGGGGUCGCUGACAUUCCUGUUCACACGUCAAGCCGGAUUACAGAUCCAAUGUGUCGAGAAAGGGGAAGCUAAAGGGGACUGGGAAUGGGUGCGGCCACCGCGCGCUGGCCACGCCAUCGUUAACGUAGGCGAUAGUCUCUCUCUGCUGACGAACGGGGUGCUGCGGUCGUGCGUGCACCGUGUCGGGCAGAUCCCGAACCGGGCCAUGCCGACGCGGUAUUCAUUUGCGUAUAUGGUGCGGCCGGCGGAUCAGACGGUUAUGGUUGCACCGCAGACCUCGCAGAUUCCGGCGGCAGAGCCAGGGGUGCUGGCGCUGACAUGUGAGGAGUGGAUGAGGCGGAAGUAUUCGGUUCUGAGGUUAGAGGAGAGGCCACGGGGUUUAGAGUGGAUGAUGACUGGGCACCAGCAGCGUGGGGUCCAGAAUGGAUAG